GCGGGCUUUUGCAAGUCAUGAUCGUCAUUAGACGCUUGUAUGCUUGUCCCAUUCGCACACUUGUUCGCUCUUCUCACUCUCUCGCAUCUCGCAUCCCUUUUACCCAACCUUCUCCCUCCCAACAGAGAGCCCUUGCAAAGUACCUCGACUACUUUAACAGGUCAAAUUGGGUAAAGCAAAAAUGUCUGGCCAUGGGAGUCGAACACAAGGUCCUCGAGACUGCUCUCAAAGAGUACAAAGAGAGUCUCUUGCGUGACUCUGUCAAUGGCUUGAGUCUCGCCGACGCAGUCGCUCAUAUCGAGGCCAAUAGCAAAAUGGACAAGGUCCUCCUGCCUGCAUUCUACACUUUUCUCGCGGAUCGAUACCCACAAAAGGUCGAGCUCUUGCGCUCUCUCAUGAGCUUUAGCGAUCUGACUUCUCCCGCCGACUGGCACUCUGGCGCUCGCUCCAUGAAGAGGAAAAUCAUUAUGCAUGUGGGACCGACAAAUUCAGGGAAAACGUAUGCUGCCCUCCAACGCCUCGAACAAUGCGCAACCGGCAUCUACUGCGGUCCGCUGCGUCUCCUCGCCCAUGAAGUCUACGAACGCUUAAACAGUAAAGGCGUGCCCUGCAACUUGCUCACAGGAGAAGAACGGAGAGAGAGCGACGGGGUCUUUAAAUGGGCCGCAACCGUCGAAAUGGCGCCCGUCACGAAAAGAUUUAAUGUUGCCGUAUUAGACGAGAUUCAAAUGAUUGGAGACCGGACCCGAGGCUGGGCCUGGACGCAAGCCCUCUUGGGACUUCAAGCGGAAGAAAUUCACGUUUGUGGUGAACCCACGGCCGUACCUCUCGUUCAGGCCAUGGCAAAGGAAACGGGGGACCACGUGCAAAUCAACACUUAUCAGCGUCUCACGGGGCUGACAGUCAAGGGGGCUGGACUGGGAGGCAAGCUGGCGGACCUCAAACGGGGAGACUGCGUCGUGACCUUUUCGAGACAAAACAUUUUUGCCCUCAAGAGGCAGAUUGAGGAAAAGACGCGGUUGCGUGCUGCAGUCAUUUACGGAAGCUUGCCCCCGGAAACGAGGGCUGAACAAGCCAAACUCUUUAAUGAUCCCAAUAGCGUGUAUGAUGUGCUGGUGGCUUCGGACGCUAUCGGCAUGGGACUCAACUUAAAUAUUGGGCGCAUGAUUUUUGAGCGCGUUGAAAAAUGGGACGGAAUGCGAACAAAAUCUUUGACGGUCUCGGAAAUCAAACAAAUUGCAGGACGUGCAGGGCGUUUCGGAACUCAGUAUGAGAAUGGGGAGGUUUGCACACUGGAUGAUUAUGAUAUGCACACGUUGAGAAGGGCCAUGAAAGUCAAGGCUCCCAAUGUCAUGUCCGCGGGACUUCAUCCUACCCUGGAACAAAUUGAGAGCUUUUCAAAAUACCUCCCCAACGAAUCCCUCGCAUCCCUACUCGACCGUUUUGAAGACCUGGCCUCUCUCGGCGGUCGUUACUUUCUCUGCAACCUCGACUCGCAACGCGCCAUCGCCAACACCAUCGCCGCCGUCCCGCUCACCCUCCGCGACCGCUACAUUUUUCUCCUGGCCCCGUGCAACAUCAAAGAUACCCUCCUCGCCUCCCGCAUGCUUACGUUUGCCAAAGCCCACGCUUCUGGCACAGAAUGCCCGCUAGAACCCCACAUUUCCCUUCCGACCCACGCCCCGAACACGAUUGAAGACCUUCGGGACCUGGAAGCUCAGCACCGGGUCAUUAUAUUGUACAUGUGGUUGAGUCAGCGGUUUGCCGAAACGUUUACGGAUGUAUCAGGUGCGAGCGUGCUGAAACGCCAGUGUGAGCGAUUGAUUAAUACUGGAUUGGCGGAAUUGACAUUUGAGCGCCGUCGGAAAAAGAGCAAACCGCGCAACAGGUUGGGUGAUGACGCUCGUGUGGAGACUGUGGAGACAGAGACCCCUUUGUCACCUCCAUCACAUUCUGAUGUGAACCAAGGCAUUUUGGAUCUGUUGCCCCAAAACAAGCACAAGCGUCCUGGUAUGGGCAAAAAGCCUCGGUCCACAGAGACUGUUAUUGUGAAUUUUUUGAAAAAGACGCUGGACCGGCCGGCAAAGUCUGGGGGUAGUGAGGAGCGGUAUUAGUAGAUGGUUUAUUUUAUAUGGCAGGGUGUAUAUAGAUUUUGCAUUUAUUUAUAUUAUAAUUAUAUUUCUUGUUGCAUGUCGA